AUGGGUUGCGCGCAAUCGACUUCUGCCCUGGACCCGUCGUUCGAGGUCGACGCCGCGAAGAAGGCUCAGACGAACGAGACGUUUGCUACUACUGAACCGACGGACGAGUCAAUGGUCGUCGACGUUGCGAGCAAAUUGGCUGAAGCUGCAGGAGAGGCCAGGGCUGAAGAGACGUCGGUCAUGAAACUAACGGUCGAGGAGCUCACUACGAGCGACGUCGAAGUCGUCGAGAAAGAGGAGCUCCGAAUGGAGGAGCUCAGUGCCGAGCCGGUUACAAACGAGGACAACGACACGGACGAGCGUCAGAACGCACAAGGAGACUGA